GGAUCGGGACUGAAGGAAGGAAGGAAGAAGAUUGCGCCUCAUACAUUUUUUUCUCAUGGUCAACUUAUGGGUUAUGUACGUUGAUGCAAUGUGUACGAGUAUGGUAUGAAUCGAUGUAAAAGGAAUAAUCGUAUAAAUUAAGUAUUUUAAUGCAUAAUCGAUUGAAUUUACGUUAUAUUCGCAUCGUUAUUGUUUUAUUCACAAAUCGUUAAACAUGGGAAAAUUGAAUGUCACGAUAUUGCGGUACUUAACCCACGAAGACUUCCGUGUGUUAACAGCAAUUGAAAUGGGUAUGAAGAAUCAUGAACUCGUACCUGCGUCACUUGCCGCACAAAUAGCAAAUCUGCGUCAUGGUGGAGUUCAUAAAUUAUUAAAAGAGUUAUGUAAACAUAGAUUACUAAGCUAUGAGCGAGGAAAACGAUAUGAUGGUUAUCGUUUAACGAAUGCAGGCUAUGACUAUUUAGCCUUGAAAGUCUUGGCACAGAGAGGUACAGUGUCUUCCUUUGGCAACCAGAUUGGCAUUGGCAAAGAAUCUAACAUUUACAUUGUUGCCAACGAAGAGGGAACUCCUGUCUGUUUAAAGCUGCACAGACUUGGCAGAACAUGUUUCCGAAAUAUCAAGGGAAAGAGAGACUACCAUCAACACAGGCACUCUGCAUCCUGGUUGUAUUUGUCAAGAAUUUCAGCUACCAGAGAGUUUGCAUAUAUGACUGCACUCUUAGAUAGAGGUUUUCCUGUGCCAAAAUCUAUUGAUUUUAAUAGGCAUUGUGUUGUUAUGGAGCUGGUUGAAGGUGGACCUCUGUGUGGUGUAUAUGAAGUAGACGAUGUGGAAGCAUUAUAUGAUGAGCUCAUGAAUCUGAUUGUGAGAUUAGGAAAUCAUGGUGUUAUACAUGGAGACUUCAAUGAAUUUAAUAUAAUGAUCAAGGAUGAUGGCAAGCCCAUUAUUAUUGAUUUUCCACAGAUGAUUUCUACUGAACACAUUAAUGCAGAAGUCUAUUUUCAACGGGAUGUGAAUUGCAUUCGUGAUUUUUUUAAGAGACGUUUUGGUUAUGAAAGUGAAUUAUACCCGACUUUCCAAGAUAUAACACGUGAGGAUUGUAUAGAUAUUGAAGUCCGGGCUAGCGGUUUGACAAAGCAGAUGGAGAAAGAUCUUUUAAUAGAAAUGGGUUUUGAGAAUGAAGAGGAAGGAGAAGAAGAAACAGGAGAAGAAGAAAAAGGAGGAGAAGGAAGCGACAGUGAAGACGAAAUAUACGAGGAUUGUAUUGAAGAGAAUUUCGAGGAUCUGGAAACUCAAAUAAAAAAUUUACAGUUGCAAGUUGAAAAUGCCAUGAAAGAACAAUUUGACGUUUCGAUAAAAAAGACAUUAAAUAAUGAUCACGAACAUCCAGAGAAAAUAUCCGCGACAUCGCAUUCCGAGAAACAAAACGACAUAGAAGGUGAAUGUAAACAAAAUGAAGCUGCAGCUGUAGAAAAUGCAACAACUGACAGCGAACCAGCUUCGUGCAAUUUAUCCUCUGAAAUUGGUCUUCACAAUAUCCAAGAACAAAUCGUCUCGAGUGCGGAGGACGAAGCAGCAUCUACUAAAGACUGUUUUGACACGCGAAGCAUAUGGAGUACCUCGACAACUUCCACGAUCGCGCCACAUGUGAUAAAGAGGAGAAUAAAAUUAGCGCUGGAAAAACGGGAGAAAAAGAGCCAACCGAGGAAGAUACUGGUCAAGGGAGAAGCGAGCGCAGUGACGAGAAUACGAAGGGACAAUAGAGCUACGAUUACAGAAUCGACAGGAAUAUGGGGUUGGGAGUAAACUGACGCAUCCGAUAAAAACAUAGUCGCGCAGAUAACAACUACAAAGAACUUGGAGGAGCGUUCACAACAAGACCAAGUAUUUCUGACCUCUUACAAGCUUCCUUCACAAGAACCGAACAUCCAUUUUCUCAUUCGAUUACAGAUGAUUUCCCAACAUCUAUGAUCACUGACUAUCAUCAAAACUAUGCGCAAAACAUCUUUUUUAAUGUUAUAUAAUUCGAGUUGAUUUUCAUUGAUAAUCAAUCACGACUCAAAAUCAGGCCAAUGAAGGCUUCGCGAUUCGAUGGGAAUAAUCCUUUGAGCAAUUCGAGCACCAGCAAGACAGCUGCACAAAAAUCUAUCACGUUUAACCGGUACUAACCAGAUGUAAUUGAUUCCGUAAUAUACGGCGAUAAGAUUGUCUGUGGCCAUGAUUCCUGCGGAAAAUUCGGAAUGCGCGGUUCCUUUCUACAGCAUUUCUGUUAAGAUUCACGUUGCAUUCACGAUGAACAUUGAAAACGUACAUCAAAUCUAUAAAUUAUUAAUGAACAGUUCCACUUUGAGAGAACGUUGUCUAUCGAAUAUUAAUGCGACUAUUUGUGUACUUUUAAAUACGCGCUAGACGCCGAUAAUUAAAAUAGAAUGUAAUUAACACAGAAUUGAGAAAAAAACAUAUAUAUAUAUAAAAUAUAUAUUCUUUUUGUAUGUAUGUAUAUAUGUAUGUAUAACAUAUACGUAUAUAUAGUG